GUAUAUUUUCUCUAUAUUUUGUGUAUAUUUGAUAUAUUUCAGUUUGUUUCUUAUAUUUUAAUUUUACUUAUUUACCUUCUGUAGAGUGGUACCUGAGCCUCACCAUAAACAUUUUAAUGCAUAAAAGGCCUGACAUCUUGUGCAAAUGACAAACUUGAAACUUGAUCAAUUUUGAAACUUGAAGUCAUAACUGGCGAAAGAGUAAAUACACCCUAAGACAUUUUUCUUUUCAUUAAUAGCUGCAAUGCACAGCUCUGUAAUAAUAAAAUACACCAGCCUUGAUUAAACACAUCUUUCCAAAUCAUGCUCAGUUCCGCCUCUGCAGCGCCCCCUCUAGUUCAACUCUGCUACAGGCAGAGGGAUACGAAGACACAUCACAGUACGUAAAUCAGUCAAGCAAUAUUACCAUCAACCAAGCUACAAAGCGAGAGAGAGAAGGAGGAAGCACUUGAGUUUCAUUUGAGUUAAAGAACCACAAACGGAACAACACCAGUUUAGCUGAAGCUCAGUUCAGAAUGAAGAUCAUCAUCGUCUUCUCCCUGAUCACAGGUCUAGUGAGCAGCAUUGACGUGAUUGGCUACUCUGGGUUAGCCUCAUCAUGCUCAGCCUUCAAAGCCUGAAACAUCUGAAGUAUUUUUGCAAGUUGGCAGAAGAUGACUGCGAAAAGGAAAUGUAUUUCAGUGCUCAAGAAGACCCUGUUAAUGGAGGAAGGUUUUCACUGUAUGAAAAUACUCAAGAAUAUUUCACAAUGUUACUCAGAGAGCUGAACCCACAGGAUGCUGGAGUAUACAGAUUGGCAUGGGAGAAUAGGUGGCCUCAGGAGAUCAAACUGAAAGUUCAAAAAGAUGCUUGUUGUGUGAAGCCAGUAACAGUGACUGGACAUCUGAGCAAGGAGGUCAGCAUCAGCUGUGACUAUGCAGAGGAACAUAAGCUAAAAUGGAAAUAUUUAUUCAAACUAAAAGGUCACUCAGCUGAUAUGGUGAUUUAUACUUUACCUGGUAGAAACUACAGGAAAAACAAUUUUUACAUCUUUGAUAAUGAACAUUCAAACCUUUUCACUGUGAAAAUCCAUGAUUUGAAAGAAGUGGAUGGUGGGGGUUAUUUCUGUGGCACACAGACCGGGGAAUAUCCAAUCAAAGUGUUCUCCACAAUCAAAACUGUGCAUCUACACGUUGCUGAUAAAGUUCAGAGUUCAGUCAGAGUGACUGGCUUCUUAGGAGGACGCAUCAUGAUGAAAUGUCGACACCCUCUGGAAAACCCUAAAGCCAGAUUCCUCUGUAGGGAAUUGGAAGGGGAAUGUCCAGAGAAGACUUACACCAAUGUCCAGAAUGAAUGGCAGCAGAAUGGAGGAUUUUCUCUGUAUGACGACACCAGUGGAAAGUCCUUAAUGGUGUUCUUCAGAAAUCUGACAGAAGGGACCUACAGGUGUGGAGUGGACGUAUCAGACUUUACUGAGCAGUACAGGGAGGUGAAUGUGGAGGUGAAGGAAGAUCCCUGUUGUGGGAAGAUCAUCUCACAGGCUGGUUAUAUUGGAGAAACUCUCACAAUCAGCUGUGAGCACCCACCGACACUCAGAGCCAGUCUAAAGCACUUCUGCAAAGAGGACGAGAAUCUCAUCUGCCAAGACAUCAGAGCUGCAGGGAAAUAUUCCUUAUCUGACCACAGUCAACCAGGACUCUUCACUGUGACCAUCAGUAAUCUGACCCUCAGUGAUGCUGGAGUGUACUGGUGUGGAGUGGAGACCAGUGAAGGGCAUAUUAGUUACACUUCCCUGACCAUAAGAGUGCAAAUCAGCAUUAUCUCCAGCAAAGUGAUCGGACAUGAAGGAGAUGCUGUCGAGAUCAGAUGCCCUUAUGACUCAAAGUAUAAGCAGAAUUCAAAGCAUGUGUGUAAAGAUGAGUGUUGUACUGAACACAGUGAUUCUCUAAUUGCUCAACGGACGACUCAAAACAAGACAGAGAGAUUCUCGGUGCAUGAUGACAUCACGGCUGGAGUCUUUAGUGUGAACAUCAGCAGAGUGAAGGCAGAGGAUGCUGGGAGAUACUGGUGUGGAGUGGAAGCAGGAGAUGUCUUGAUGAAUUACCUCUCCACUGAACUGCAGGUCGUCAGGAAAGAAGUGCUUCAGGUCUUUGGACGAGAAACACUCAGUGUCUCCAUCGAGUGCAGCUACAGAGGAGAGUCUCCAGAGAGUGAUGGGAAAUUCCUCUGCAUGGGGCAGCAGCUGGCCAGCUGUGACAAAGGCGGAGUCAAAGUUUCAUCAGAGAAAAACAGAACUGGCAGAUUCUCUCUGAGUAAUGAUGCACCUGCUGGAGUCUUCACUGUGACCAUCACAGAUCUGAGAGAGGAGGAUUCUGGGACUUACUGGUGUGGGGAGGAGAGCUUGGGGUCCUCCAUCUACACUGAAGUGCAUCUGCAUGUUUCCAAUGGUCCAGCUCCAUCUGUGAUCAUCACUGUGUGUGUCUGUGUGGCUCUGCUGCUGAUCGGAGGAGCAACACUGAUCUUCUUCAAACUGAAACACAAAAGAACGCAAGGCUCCUCCUCUUCAAAUAGGACAGAUAUAACAAACAGUGACAGAGUUUCUCCUGCGGCCUGUGACUAUGAGGAGGUUAAUCACAGCGGACAGUAUCCUGACUCAGACACCAGUGUUUAUAUGAACACUUCACCAUCCACCAACAGCUCUGAUAAGAACAAAGCUGUGUGUAUCUAUUCUACAGUGCAACUACCCAAAGACGAAGGCCCUGCUUACGCCACUGUGAGCUUCCAGAAGAAUCCAGACUCUCCUAGUAAUCUCCUAGUAAGCACAGUCGCUUUCAUUAAGGAGGAAUCUGCUACUGAGUAUGCCACAGUUAAGCACCGCCCAAGACUAGAAUGACCUGCUGAUUCCUGCUGGACUCAUCACUGUACAGUGCAAAAAUGCAGACUCAGGAUGGGACACUCAGGAAUCAGGAAUCUCAGGAAUGAGACUGGAUCCCAACCUAGGAUGUGACGUUUGGAAUUUAUUUGGAAUUAUGACUAUCUAGAACUUAAUGAAGUGGAACCACUGGCGCACUGGAACACUUUCCUACCUAUGCUAGUCUGGCUUUUAUGCUUUUUAAAUGGUCAGCUGGAUAGCAAGCAGGCUAACAUCCAUGUUCUAGUCAUUGUACACAUACACUGUUAUAAAAGACUAGUAAAUGAAUACCAGUAA